AUGCAACGCCAUGGCAUAGAAUUUUUUAAAGGAGUGCCUACCCACGACGAUUUAACAACAUGGUUUGGAGAUAAACGAAGGGGUAUUCUUGUCUUGGAUGAUCUCAUGUCGGAGGGAGGAGAUGACAGAGAAACACUUAAUCUUUUCACACAAUAUUCUCACCACAUGAAUGUCACCGUGUGUUAUCUCUGCCAAGACAUGUUCCCUCAAGGAAAAUAUGCCAAGACCAUCUCUAGGAAUGCGCAAUACAUUAUUGCCUUUAAAAAUCCUAGCGAUAAAGUGGCGUUGCGCACCUUACUGCUACAGAUAUACCCGACCAAGUGGCUACCUGUUAUGGAUAUAUAUAAUGCAUGUACGGACAGACCCUAUGGUUAUUUGUUAUUUGACGUACACCCUGCAAGUAGAGAUUCUACGAGACUUUUAAGUCACUUGUUACGACACGAAGGGUGUGUACGCUGUUACAGAGAGAAAUAA